GUUCUACCUCUGUACGUUUUCUAUUAGCUGUGUCGUAGCACCGCCUCGAAUACAAGGUAUAGCCAUGGCAGAAAACGAACUGGCACAUCAAACAUAUCAUGGAAGCUGUCAUUGCGGCGCAUUCCAGUUCUCGGUGAAGCUGCCGCAAUUGAAAUCUGUGACCACCUGCAACUGCAGCCUAUGUUCCAAAAAUGGCUCGUACUGGACGAUAGCGAAGACGCCAGAGGAUGUUGUAUUUGAAUCCGGAAACGACACCCUUAAGACGUACGAAUUCGGAGGAAAAAACGUCAAAUACAAAUUUUGCCCAACGUGUGGUUCUUCUGUCCUCGGACAAAUCACAAAUGGGUCUACCCUGAUCAACGCGCGCAUGCUUAAGGACGUGAAGAUCUCGACUAUAGCUGUCAAUAAAUCCGAGUGUAUCAGUCGUGCGCCUGCGUAUGAGCAUCCGAAGUACACGGGUCCAGAGAUUGUACCGCAAACGGGAGAAAGGCUUUACACCGGGAGCUGCCAUUGCGGUGGUGUGACCCUGGCGGUCAGAACGAAGCCGUUGAGCCUCGUUGAGGUGCGGGAGUGCGACUGCAGUAUCUGCACGGCGAACGCAUACGUGUUCUUCUAUCCAAAGGUUGAGAAGGUUGGAAUAUCGGAGGCGAACCCUGGAAUCAUUACGACAUACCAAUUCGCGCGCAAGUUUCUGGAGCACAAAUUCUGUUCGAUCUGCGGUGUGUCGACACACGUGAAGGUUAUUGGCCCUCCCCCGGAAAUUGUGGCGAAGAUGUCCGACGCCGGUAAAGAGCAAGCUCGUCAGAUGGUGGCGAUCAUGCCCGUUAAUCUGCGGAUCCUGGACGGCGUCGAGUGGGAGGAGAUUAAGAUUAGCGAUUCCGAAGGCCCUCCGGCUGCGGCCUGAGUAUGACAAUAGGGGGCCUCAAAGUUGGCGAUUAUGGGACAGAUUACGGAGUGGAUUCGAAAGUCGAUUAUGGUCGCGGAUUACGGUCGAAUC